AUGCCGGUACGGUCGGGAUUCCUGCUACUGCUGCUUUGGCUCCACCAGCGACUUCCCGCAUCGUCACAAGCAACCGAACCAGCCACCAGGCGUUGCAGCGGAGGUCUUUGCAUACUGCCGGAGCUGUGCCGUCCCGUCAGCGUGAACGUGUACGAUGAGGUGCAUCUGGACUUUUUCAGCGUAUCAAGUUUCGAUCGUUCUAGCUCCGACGAGUGCCGGUUACCAGAGCUCAAGUGUUGCCCAUUCGAACGCAUCGUCCGUGCACCGGACACCGAAGCACCGGAUGAGACCGAGAUCGUUUGCGCGGCCCGGAACAACAACGGCAUCGGGCACGUCGAGCAAAAGGACAAAACUCGCGCCAAAUACGGUGAGUUCCCCUGGAUGGCGUUCGUGUACACGGCCCAGCCUGAAUACGAGCUGUAUCUGUGCGGUGGCACACUAGUACACUCGAAAGUGGUCAUCACGAUCGCGCACUGCAUCGAGAAUCGUACCAGCAGCGAGCUACGCGUACGCCUGGGCGAGUGGGAUCUCGAGCAUAUGGUCGAGAUUUAUCCACCCCAAGACCGUGCGGUCGUGGCAAGUGUGACGCAUCCGCAAUUCUACAGCGAGCUAUUGCUAAACGACAUCGCCAUACUGUUCCUGGACGAACAUGUUGAGUUUACGGAGGUCGUCGGAAUCGCCUGCCUGCCGCCACAGAACGCAAACUUCGAUCACAAGCGAUGCCUGUUCACCGGCUGGGGCGAAGACGAGCGGGGCCGCAACUCUUCCGUGCUUAAGCGCACCAAACUCCCAAUCGUACCGAACGGCCAUUGCCAACGGGUACUUCGACGCCAUCUGCUGAACCGCAGCUUCCGGCUACACCAGGGCUUCCUGUGUGCUGGUGGCGAGUCCGGUAAGGAUGCGUGCCGUGGUGAUGGUGGAUCGCCACUCGUCUGCCCCAUACCGAACUCGGAGAACCAGUACUACGUGGUCGGAUUGGUUGCAUUCGGGUACGAGUGUGGUACGCAAGGCGUACCGGGAGUCUACGUCAAUGUUCCUCACUAUCGCGACUGGAUCGAUGGGGAAAUCGAAAAGAUGUAUCAUGUUGAUAUCUUCGUUUAG